AUGAGUUAUGGAACAUCGAAUGUACAGGGCCUCACUAGGAAAAUAAAUGAAGUAAUGAUAGAAAGUAAAAAUCUAAAACUAGACGUCGCGGUAAUCACAGAGACAAAGAAAAAAGGACAAGGAUCGGAAAGCAUGGGCCAAUAUGACCCUUUCUACAGUGUAUCUAAAGACCGAAGAGCACAACAAGGAGUAUCUGUACUUAUAAAAAGAAACCUUAGAAAACAUGUGCAUUCAUGGGAAGCUAUCAGUGAACGAACCAUUAAGAUAAAUAUGACUGUACGUGAAAAUAGAAUAACUAUCUUUGGGGUAUAUGGUAUAAACGAUGACUCUUUAGUAAAUGUUAAAGAGAAGUUUUUCGAAGAUCUGAAUAACGAAAUAACAAAAGUGGGAAAGACUAGAGAAAUCAUUAUACUAGGAGACUUGAACUGCAGACUUGGUAAGAGUACAGAUAGCCAAGUUGUAGGACCCUAUAGAAAAGAUACAAAAAAUAACAACGGAAAUCGUCUAAUAACCUUAUGGUACGUGUACAUUGGUGCGUUGCGCCGCGAACGCGCAGCGCGCGCGCCGAGUGUUGUCUGCGCGUUACAUUUAUUGUUUUAA